CAACAACAAAUUGCAAAAAUCCCACAACAAAUCGCCAACAUUUCACAAAACUUUCCAAGUCCACAGCAGUGCUUCGCCACUGUUCAGAACCGUCUGAACAGUCUCAGGCCUGUACAAGAUGCCUAAGCAACAGCAGCAGGGUAGGGACCUUGAGCUGGACCGCCUGGUCCGCCAGUCCCCCCUCUCCACCCGCCACACCCCCUCUCCUUCCUCCCCUGGCUCCACCCUGGACCUGCCCAAUGUGCCUUCCUACCCCCGCCUGCCUCCUAUUAGUCUGUCCCACCAAACUUUGGGCCAUUCCAACCCUGCCUUCCACAUCGAGGACGAGCGCACCUCUGCUAGACUAUCAGCUGGUUCUAGACUCAGUAUUCACCCAGCUGUAAAUGUGGAAGACAUGGACUCAGACAGUGAGCAGCAAGCAACAGUAUCCCAUGAAAUGCCCCAGAUCAUCACCCCGCAAGACCCCAACCUCAAAACCCUCACGGUGCCUGGAGCUUCUAAACCCUCCCGAAACAGAAAAAAGCUGUAUUCUUCAGGAGAUGAGGAUGAUGAGGAGCUGGAGUCCACAGUGAGGGCAUGGCCCAGCCAGAGCAGCAUCACCAGUGAUGAUGGACUAAAGGAACGUCCAACAUCUUCAGCCAGUCAGACCAGUACUGUUGUGAAUGAGCGUCUACAGGAGCUGGUCAAGCUUUUUAAAGAGAGGACAGAGCGUGCCAAGGAGAAACUCAUUGAUCCUGAUGACUCAGACAACGACACACCACCUGCCUCACCAACAAAGGCAUCAACAUCUGCUCCAACAGUGACAGCUCCAGGUCCUUCUUCUAACACUGUGAAAGAGACAGAGGCUGAAGGGGAAGCACAGAACACUCCUGCUGAGAAGGAGCCUAAGGAGGAGAAGUAUAGCAGGGUGCUAUGCUUUAAGGUGAAUCCUCAGUCCAGGAUGAGCCAUCUGCUUCAGUAUCGCUUUCCGGCUAGCAUCGAUCCCUUCACAAACCUGGUCUAUGUGCUCUGGCUGUUCUUUGUCACAUUGGCCUGGAACUGGAACCUGUGGAUGAUCCCAGUGCGCUGGGCUUUCCCCUUUCAGACCCGUGACAACAUUCACCUGUGGCUGAUGACUGACUACCUGUGUGACACAAUCUAUAUCAUGGACAUCCUUCUCUUCCAGCCCCGCAUGCAGUUUAUCCGUGGUGGGGAUAUUGUGAGUGACUCAAAGGAAACAAGAAAAAAUUACAUGAGAGCUCUGCGUUUUAAGCUGGACGUGGCCAGUCUCCUGCCCCUAGAGCUGUUCUACUUCAUAACUGGGAUCAACCCCCUCCUCCGCUGUCCACGAUUACUAAAGAUCAUGUCUUUCUUUGAGUUCAAUAUGCGUCUAGAGGCCAUUUUGACCAAGGCCUAUGUUUACAGAGUCAUUCGCACCACCACCUACUUGCUGUAUUCCCUCCACUGCAAUGCCUGUCUCUAUUACUGGAUUUCUGCCAACCAAGGCCUGGGCUCCACACAUUGGGUAUACAGUGGAGAAGGCAAUGCUUACAUCCGGUGUUACUACUUUGCUGUGAAGACUCUGAUCACUAUUGGUGGGCUACCAGAUCCAACUAAUCUUAAAGAGAUUAUUUUUCAACUCGUCAACUACUUUGUUGGGGUGUUUGCCUUCUCCAUCAUGAUUGGACAGAUGAGAGAUGUCGUAGGUGCAGCCACGGCUGACCAGACUCACUAUCGCUCCUGCAUGGACAGUACAGUAAAGUACAUGGGUUCCAACCGCAUCCCUAAAGAUGUGCAGAACCGAGUAAAAACCUGGUACAACUAUACUUGGCAGUCUCAGGGCAUGUUGGAUGAACAGGAAUUGCUUGUCCAGUUACCUGACAAGAUGAGGCUGGAUAUUGCAGUGGAUGUGAACUACUCUAUUGUCAGCAAAGUCCCUCUCUUUGAGGGUUGUGAUCGGCAGAUGAUUUAUGACAUGCUGAAAAGACUCAAAUCUGUUGUGUAUCUUCCUGGAGACUACGUCUGUAAAAAGGAUGAGGUUGGUCGAGAGAUGUAUAUCAUCAAAUCAGGUGAGGUUCAGGUGGUUGGGGGUCCGGGUGGGAAGAUUGUCUUUGCAACACUAAAAGCAGGAGCAGUGUUUGGCGAAAUCAGUCUGCUGGCCGUGGGAGGGGGGAACCGGAGAACAGCCAAUGUAAUAGCGCAUGGCUUUGCUAAUCUCUUCAUCCUGGAAAAGAAGGGCCUCAACGAAAUCUUGGUGCACUACCCGGAGUCCCAGAAAGUUCUUCGCAAGAAAGCCAAAAAAAUGCUGGCAGAAAAGAAGCCUGUGGAGAAGAAGGAGGAAGAGAAGGAGCCAGUGCAUGUGAUCCCCCCGCGGCCUGAGACCCCGAAACUGUUUAAAGCAGCUCUUGAAAUGACAGAGAAAUCUGGUCUGCGAGGCACAUUGGCCAAGUUAAAGGAGCAGACCAAGAAAUCCAGUUUGUCACUGCAGCCAUCCAUUUGCUCCUCCACACUUCGCACCUCACCGGUACCUGGUCACCAAUCAGAGCAAGAGCCUGACCCACUCUCCCAGAGUCCCUUUAGUCCCUCCGGCGUAGACGAUGAGAGCAGGCCAGGUCAAAAGUGCCUUAUUUUUGAAGGUGCAGCACUAACUGAGAGGAAUAUGGACGGGAAGGACACGACAGAGGAGUAACCCAGUAAAACACACAGUCAUUCAUAUUUCCAGCCAGGGGAUACAUGGAGAAUUUUCUUAUCUCUUACCAUUUUUUAAGUGUCAGACAAUGUAAAAUAUCACUAGUUGCUUUCAGUUUUAGUCCUUGCUCACAAUGCUUGUUUCUGGAUUUUCUGAAAUGUCAUGAAAGGUUUGGUGAUUAGCCAGGGCAUUAAAUUCAGUGUGUUUGAUGAGUAAAAAUGAUAUGUGCAGAGCAGAGGACACUGGAAACCUUUACUAUAUGUAGUGAGAUAUAAGAGAACAGCCUUAGUCCAUAUGUCGUGUGUUGGUAAUUAUGUAUUGAUAAUUCUCCAUUUAUAUUUUCAUUGCUUUCUCUUUUUUCCAUGGCGAUUUAAGAACCGCCUAGGAAAGUAAAGGCAUGUGUUUGCCAUUAUUUCAAUAAGCUCACCUGACAUUGUAGCAAUAGUUUGCAUAGGUUUUAUUCCUGUGUCGUUCUUUAGGUCUGUGCAUUUUUUUCCUGUUUUAAGAGUUACUAUUCUCUCUGCUUAAAAUGCCCUGCUAAAAUAGCCUUACAGUGCCUUAAACCUAAAACAUUACCUCUAUUUUUUCCUUUAGAAAAAACAACACACAUCUCUUACCUAUUGCCAUCAGACGAAAUGCUCUCUGUGUAUCAAAUACCAAAUUCAAGCAGUUCACAAGGUACAGAAGGGUGAUUUGAUGUGGCACAAGUGAACAGUCAGUUGUGUUAGAAGCAGGCAACAUGUGAUUUGUUUGUAAUCUUGGUGCGGAUUAUUUGAGCAGGUGUGAAAUCAGUAAUUACACUGAUCUGUGCAUCAAAAACAACUGCACUGAGACCCAGGAGAGCAUUUUAUGAUCCUUUAUAUACACUUCCCACAAGUAUUGGAAUAGUGUGGCCAAUCAAUUGUUUUCUGCUGUAAACUGAACACAUUUGAUCUUGAUAUAAAAAAAGAUUUUUUCUUAAUCUGAUGCACAUUUCAGAAGAUAGCACCUUCUGCCUGAACCCACCCUUUUUUGUGGGAAAAAGUAUUGGAACAUGAGAGUGUCAGGUGAGUUUUGUUGCCCAGAUGUGUCCUAAUAAUUAUCACCACCAUCAUAAUCAUCUUCAUCAUCAUCAUCAUCCUUUAUUUAAACUCGGGUUUACAUUGAGGGGGGGGCUAUAUUUUCAGUGCAGCCGAGAGCCACAUGAUACAUUGAUUAUUGUAACAAUAAAUAGCGCUGAAUGUCUACGCUCAGUUUCAGAAUUGGGGUUUGCCUGUGCAGACUGUUUUAAUUUAUAGUUAGAGGAGUAACCAAACAAAUAUUGGCUAUAGCCAGAACAACCAUGUGGAAUGUCCUGAAGAAGAACAUUCUCGCUGGUGAAACAGAUGUUGAACAGGUAAAGUUUUAUGAACCGAUAAAACUAAGAUUAACAGUUUCCUAUGUGAUGGAAGGAUAUGCUUAUGAUGAUCGCAAACAUACCAUCUUAUCUGUUAAACAAUAGAGGUAAUGUCAUGGCUUGUGCUUGCAUGGCUUUUUGUGGGAUGGGCUUGUUUAUCUUCACUGAUGAUGUCCCUCGUGAUGGCAGCAGUACAAUGAACUUUACUGAAGUUUACUGAAACAUUUUGUCUGUUAAUUUGAAGAAAGAUUCAGCCAAACUGAUUGGAAGAGCCUUGUUAGACUGGCCUAGAUAGUCAGAGCAUGCAAUACCUGCUAAAGAGGAGACUGAAGGGAGUAACCACCCAAAACAAACUACAACAGGCUGCAGUGAAAAUUCUGUAAAAGCAUUACAAAAAAAGAAGAAUGAAAACUUUUGUUUACUUGUAAAAGUACUGAUGUCAGUGGGUCACAGUUUUGAUGCCAUUUUUUGCAUGAAAAGGAUUUGCAACUAAAUAUUAAGUCUUAUUCACUUUAAUGUGUUUCAAGUUUAUUUGUUCCAAUAAUUUUGCUCCCAAGAAAAAUGGGUGGAUUCAGACAAAAGGUGCUAUCUACUGAACUGUGUAUCAGACCCAGAUGUAUAUCUGUUGAUAAUGUUUCUUAUUAAUCUUUUAAUGCCAAAUCCAAUUGUCUUCAGUCUACAGCAGAAAUAGUGGCAUUUGCCUUACUGUUCCAGAAUCCCUAUAUGCCUUUAUAAAAUAUCCCUUUCCUUUCAAUCCUUUUUAAUAUUUGCAAUAUAAUGUUAGACAAGAAUCUACAAAACAGUGUAUCUCUAAUAUCAACAGAGAUCCAGAUUGGUGCACAGUUGGCAAAAUGGAAAUCACUGCAUGUGAUGCAUGUGAUUCUAAUAUAAAAAUGUUUAAAAUAUAGACAUUACCAUAUAGAAAUAACCACAAACUCUCACUGCUAGAUUGAUCAUUUGUAUAUUUAUUUUAUUGAGAUGUAAAGCUUUUCUUGCAUGUUGCUGUGAUGAUGAAAUUAAUUUCAAUAGUACUGCAACUAAAUAAAUGUUAAAGUUUUAUUUAGAGUAAAUAGAACACUUGAGUACAUUCAGUAGAAACAAAUAAAACUCUAAGCAUUUGUCUAUUUAGUAAAAAAGCAAUUUACCAAGACAAAUUUAAUAAUAAUAAUAAUAGUAAUAAUAAUAAUAAUAAUGAUAGUGUGACAAAAUAAAAAGUAGCAAAAAUAAAGUAAUGUAACAACAAAAAUCAACCACAAUACAGUGCAAACUAUUUAUAUAAACUGUAUGCAAACAAAAUACAAUACAUAAGAAAGCAGAUUGCUUUCAAGAAUAUAUAGCUAUUAUUGUGUGUCUUUUUACAUCAUAAAUUACUGCAUACAAAAGGGGAAAGUGGGGUGAUUUGUGCCAGUGGGGAAGUUGUGCCACCCCCUGUUUCUAGGGAACCACAGAAGAAAUGUGACCACACCUUUUUUAAGUUAGCCAUUUUACUCUGCAAAGAAGAGAGCCUCAUUGCAUGAGAGGUCAUGACAUUCAAGUUCACAUUCAGUUGUUUGUCUGAACAGUUAUUUACAAGUUUGAAAGCAUUUCACAUGUUUUAGUGCUUUGCUAAACUACAUUAUGAGUCUAUACAGCUAGCAUGAUGUUAGCCCAAAACUACUGGAUGCUGUAUUUUUUCCAAAAUGGUAGGGUUGGGGUGAUUUUGCCAAUGGGCCUGGGUUAUGAAUAUUGUAAACAUAUUAUUUUUUGUAAUUGUACACACUAAAACUACAGGUCCUUCUCAAAAAAUUAGCAUAUUGUGAUAAAGUUAAUUAUUUUCCAUAAUGAAAUGAUUAAAAUUAAACUUUCAUAUGUAUUAUAUUUAUUGCACACCAACUAAAAUAUUUCAGGUCUUUUAUUGUUUUAAUACUGAUGAUUUUGGCAUACAGCUCAUGAAAACCCAAAAUCUCACAAAAUUAGCAUAUCAUGAAAAGGAUCUCUUAACAAGCUAUUAACCUAAUCAUCUGACUCAACAAAUGAACUCUAAACACCUGCAAAAGAUUCCUGAGGCUUUUAAAAACUCCCAGCCUGGUUCAUUACUCAAAACCGCAAUCAUGGGUAAGACUGCCGACCUGACUGCUGUCCAGAAGGCCAUCAUUGACACCCUCAAGCAAGAGGGUAAGACACAGAAAGAAAUUUCUGAACGAAUAGGCUGUUCCCAGAGUGCUGUAUCAAGGCACUGCAGUGGGAAGUCUGUGGGAAGGAAAAAGUGUAGCAGAAAACACUGCACAACGAGAAGAGGUGACCGGACCCUGAGGAAGAUUGUGGAGAAGGGCCGAUUCCAGACCUUGGGGGACCUGCGGAAGCAGUGGACUGAGUCUGGAGUAGAAACAUCCAGAGCCACCGUGCACAGGCGUGUGCAGGAAAUGGGCUACAGGUGCCGCAUUCCCCAGGUAAAGCCACUUUUGAACCAGAAACAGCGGCAGAAGCGCCUGACCUGGGCUACAGAGAAGCAGCACUGGACUGUUGCUCAAUUUUUGCAUGUAAUUCGGAAAUCUAGGUGCCAGAGUCUGGAGGAAGACUAGGAAGAAGGAAAUGCCAAAAUGCCUGAAGUCCAGUGUCAAGUACCCACAGUCAGUGAUGGUCUGGGGUGCCAUGUCAGCUGCUGGUGUUGAUCCACUGUGUUUUAUCAAGGGCAGGGUCAAUGCAGCCAGCUAUCAGGAGAUUUUGGAGCACUCCAUGCUCGGCCGCAGGCUUCACGGAGCGUGGCGUCUCGACCGCAGGCUCCAUGGAGCGCGGCGUCUCGGCCAUGGGCUUAACGGAGCGCGGCGUUUCAGCCACAAGAGUCACGGAGCAUCCGCGGGCAUCACGGGAGUCAGGAUGGCCUUAGGAGCUGUGCAGCCGAGAGCUAGGUAGAGUACAGCCCCUGGGGGAAACGGCAAUGGAGUACGGGCUGGUGCGAGGUAGAGCUCCUCCUCGGAGUAAGGUAGUCCCACGGGCUGCGCGUCACCUGCCUCGGGUACUCAUAGGUACUGCCUAACGCGGGACGAGACCCGAGGCUCACCGCACCAACCCGUAGUGCCCCCCCCAAGAACAUCCUCCCACCAUGAAGGGUUCUUCCUCCGGCAGGCGGGACCCUUUAGAGCGCUUACCCCGAGGCUGCCUUCGGUUUCGGUGCCUCGGGAUCUCCUGCGCCAGGGUGCCGAAGGGGGCAUGGCGGAUGGCCAUCCUGGACCCGUGCCAAGGACUGUUCGCUGCGUCCAUAUUUCGGUCGAUCAUUCUGUCAGGUGGGGUGCGGGAAGGACGAGGAGGUGGACGCAAACGCAAACUACACACAAAUUUAUUACCUAAAAUAAAUACAAAACAAACAUGGAAUAACCAAAAGAAACCAGGACUGAGGAAACAAGCAAAAACAUGGAGCACUGACAGAUGAAACGUACAAGGAUCGACACAGGAGAAAGGGAACACGGACUAUAAAUAGAGGAGCACACACGGGAAACAGGAAACACCUGGGACUAAGGGGCGGAGCUACAACUGAACACAGGUGAGUGGAAAACUACUGAGACAGGAGACACAGAGGAGCACAGGUCACGUGGGGAUAUAACAAAGACAUGAGACAGGGCCAGAAAAGGUAAAUAAACACAGAAACAUGAGAACAGACAGGGACCACGUGACACUUUUCUUUUAUUGGUCGGAUGAAAUAUGCUAAUUUAUUGAGAUUUUUGUUUUUUCUUUACUUUUUUGCCAAAAUCAUCAAUAUUAAAACAAUAAAAGGCUUGAACUACUUCAGUUGUGUGUAAUGAAUCUAAAAUAUAUGAAAGUGUAAUGUUUAUCAGUACAUUACAGAGAAUAAUGAACUUUAUCACAAUAUGCUAAUUUUUCACCUGUAUGUGACAUUCUAAAUUUUAGACCAAACAUAGAAAUACACCAUCAUGCCAUGGAGUUAUAAGAGGAAGACAAGCAGGGCUUUCACUACUCUAGAGGACAAGGACAGAGCAGUGAAAGAGGUGGAGAAGGGGAAGUCCAUUUGUCAGGUGGCGAGGGAGAUGAACAUAUGCAGGAUGUCAUUAAAACGAUACAUAGAGAAGAAAAAGAUAGAUGGAAAAAAAUGGGGCCAGGAUAUAAAAUAACUGGACUUGCCAAUCAAGUCUUUGAUGAACAUAUGGAGAAAGAGCUGACAGAACAUAUAAAGACACUAGCAACAAUGUUUCAUGAUGUUAGUGCCACGAAAUGCUGUGAACUGGCUUGAAGUGUGCAUUUAUUAAGAAAAAGUAAUAGGGAACAUUAACAAUUAUUUCCCCAGGAACUGCUCAUUAUCAGUUACCACAAUACAGAUAGUUCACAAAGAAGCAAAAUUGGGUACUUAUUUAAAGCGUAUAGCUGCAACUUAUGCAAAUGUGAAUGUAAACUGCAAUGGCUCAAUAAGGGACAGAUUAAGAGCUAAUUAUGCUAAUAAACUUUUAAUCUUUGUUAGAAUUAGGAGUGAUUGGUUUGCUAGGUCUUGUUUAAAAAAAAACCUUUGGUGUGCUCAAAUUUGUCUUUAAUGUUGUAAAGUAACCUUAAAUAAACCUUAAAUUAAUAAUUUUGUAUUGAAUUUGUCUAGCUUUUGUAUGAGAUAAAAAUACACUGUUUUGUUUAGUAAUCAAUGGCACAAUUUACCCCAAUUUACUCUCUCCAAAGGCACAACUUACCCCACACUGGGGGCCAGUUGUGCCACGAGAGCAGCUGUAUUUCUUAAGUUCUAUAUUUUAGAUCCAAAGUGACUGUUUCCAGGGAUGCACCACAUCCUAAAAUAUAUAUGCACUAGAGUUCGUAUCGCAGUUGUUGGGCCACGGUAUCAGUUCGUUUUCGAUAUAUCAAUAUUAGAGCUUAGAUUCUCUGCCCGAACCUGACCCGGCCCGAGGAAUGUGGUGGAAAAUCUCGGGUCGGGUUCGGGCAAAGAAUCUAAACUCUAAUAUUGAUAUAUCGAAAACGAACUGAUACCGUCGGGCUCCAAAAAAUAGUCACAAUAUAGCUGAGUAACCAAGAAUACCCCUGAUAGAAUACCCUUAGUUUUUGUGUUUGUGAAUUUAUUUAUAAGCGCUGUUUCCACUCCAGCAGUUUUACAGCGGGCGGUGUUGUGCCGAUUCUGCUCUUGAAGCGAAGUCGGAUUCAGCUGGGAGUCAGAUUCGGCACAACAGCGGCAGCACGGCACCUCUGUGGUGUUGGUUCUUGUUUAUAGCGCUCGCGUUAGCCGCAAAAUAAUGACAGAAAACACUGAGGAAGCAGCAGAAUUGAAUUAUAAUAUGAGCGCGAGGGAGAUAAAAGCACGUGUUCUGUAGUGAAACAGAAGAUACAGUAUGAGGAAUAAACUCCACACAGCUACAAGUCCUUCUGAGAAGCAGCUGUGAGAAACUUUACCUGUGAGUAGCUCAAACACCACAACACCCCACGUGGGAGGAUGAACUGAUAAAUCUCUCUCUCUCUCUCGCACUCACUUAUAGUUGAUCAUUUUGAUUAUCAACUAUCUGUAAAAGUUUGUUGAGUUUUUGAGUUUGUUUAUGUGUUUCUCAUAACUAUAAUGAAACUUUUAAAACUAUUAUAACCUAUUAUAACUUAACUAUUAUAGCCUGAAAGCAUUACUGUCAUGGUGUCGCUUUAAAGUCACUUUAAGUAAAAACUGGCACAACUCACCCCACUAGCAUUACUUUUUUCUUGUAUUAGGCAUAUUUUGUACCAUAUAUUUGUCUCCUAUACAGUAUUUAUAAACCUGAUUGUUUGAAUGCCUAAUGCAUUAGAACUGAUUACUUAUUUGUUUGUUUUUUUCAUUGUCUAUAUAUAUGUAUAGCUUGAUUUAAAUUAUCCAUAAAAGACUAAGCAGCCAACCUGUUGCCUGCACUGCCUGACAUGGGGAUGUUUUCACCUGGAAUAAGAUUAUGGCCCAAAAUGCUUUUUUACGGUGUCAUUGUUUCAAUAAAUAACGUUUAAUCUGCCCUAAUA